CUGAGAACACUAAAUGGCUCUUGGUUUAGUUUACAUUGAUCUUUUGUCGCACUUAAUUUACUACUUAGUAUGUGCUUUUUCAUGUUCCGGUAAGUCUUUUCCUUUUUUCAAGUAAAAAUAUUCAAGCCUAAACAACAGCACCUAUCAAUUUAGAGAGAUAUAUGCAGAAAAAUAAGUACUCUUGAAAUGUUUCUGCUUGUAAUAUUCAUUCCUAGGGUUGUUAAUUUGUGAUUCUUAGGUGCACCUCUAAUUCUUUUUAGUUCAAAAUUUUGUACUACUUUUUCAAAUCGAGAUGAAAUUAACACCCCUAUUCAUUCCAGCAUUUCAAAUUAUUUAAGGGCCACAUCUUACUCAGCAGAUAACUUGAAGCAUGAGAUGUGUUGUUGGUUUAAUCAAGAACAUUGCUUCCUCUCUGGAUGGCUGAAUUAGGUGGUACUGCUUAAGUUGCAGUGGAAACUACCACUACACCUGAUCCAGGUCCCUCGGGCGCCCGGCCUCACGCUCCUUAUCGCGUCGGCGUUCCUUGGACAUCCUCUCUCUCUCUCUCUCUGGAUCUUCCUCGUUGUGCACAUCAGGCGUGGUUGUACGCGUCACGCCGUCAACCUCGAGCUCGCCGACCUUGCAGCCUCCGCGUCGACGAGCUGUGCCAUUUCUGUUUUAUAAGGUGCGCGCGCUACCGCCAUUGCAGAAAUGGCGGGGCUCCACUUCCUGCUCGUGCCGCUGGUGGCGCAGGGCCACAUCAUCCCGAUGGUGGACCUGGCGCGCCUCCUCGCCGGCCGCGGCGCGCGCGCCACCGUGGUCACGACGCCCGUCAACGCCGCGCGCAACCGGGCCGUCGUCGAGAGCGCCAGGCGAGCGAGGCUCGACGUCGAGCUCGCCGAGAUCGCUUUCCCGGGGCCCGGGCUCGGCCUGCCGGAGGGAAUGGAGAACGUCGACAUGGUGGUGGAGAAGGAGCACUUCAUGGCCUUCUUCCAGUCCCUCUGGAAGAUGGACGCGCCGCUGGAGGAGUACGUGCGGUCGCUGCCCAGGCGCCCGGACUGCCUCGUCGCCGACUCGUGCAACCCGUGGGCGGCGGGGGUGUGCGCCCGUCACGGCAUCCCGCGCCUGGUGCUGCACUGCCCGUCGGCCUACUACCUCCUCGCCACGCGCAACCUGGCCAAGCACGGCGUCUACGACCGCGUCGCCGACGAUCUGGAGACGUUCGAGGUGCCGGACUUCCCGGUGCGAGCCGUCGGUAGCAAGGCCACGUUCCGGGGUUUCUUCCAGUGGCCCGGUUUGGAGAGCUUGCAGCGUGAUGUGGACGACGCUGAGGCCACCGCCGACGGCCUGGUCAUCAACACGUUCCGCGACAUCGAGGGCGUCUUCGUCGACCGCUACGCGGCGGCGCUCGGCCGGAAGACGUGGGCCAUCGGGCCGACGUGCGCCACCGGCUUCGACGCGGACGCCAAGGCCGGCCGCGGCAACCGCGCGGACGUCGACGCCGGGCGCAUCGUCUCGUGGCUCGACGCCCGGCCGCCGUCGUCCGUGCUGUACAUCAGCUUCGGCAGCAUCGCGCGCCUGCCGGCGAAGCAGCUCAUCGAGCUCGCCCGCGGCCUCGAGGCGUCGGGGCGGCCGUUCGUCUGGGCCGUCAAGGAGGCCAAGUCCGACGCCGACGUGCGGGCGUGGCUCGCCGAGGGGUUCGAGGAGCGCGUCAGGGACAGGGGCCUCCUCGUCCGGGGCUGGGCGCCGCAGGUGACCAUCCUCUCGCACCCGGCGGUGGGCGGCUUCCUGACGCACUGCGGGUGGAACGCGACGCUGGAAGCCAUCGCCCACGGCGUGCCGGUGCUGACGUGGCCCAACUUCGUCGACCAGUUCUCCAGCGAGCGGCUGCUCGUGGACGUCCUCGACGUCGGCGUCAGGUCCGGCGUCACGGUGCCCGCGAUGAACCUGUCCCCGGAGGCCGAGGGGGUGCAGGUGCGGAGCGCCGACGUGGAGAGGGCGGUGGCCGAGCUGAUGGACGAGGGCCCCGAGGGGGCGGCGAGGCGGGCGAGGGUCAAGGAGAUCGCGGCGAAGGCGAGGGCAGCCGUGGAGGACGGCGGGUCGUCGCACGCCGACCUGACCGACAUGAUCCGCCACGUCGCGGAGCUCAGUGAGAAGAGGAGUCACGAGGGGGACGCGAGCGCGGGGGCCGCCCUGCCCGCUGCGCCGGAGCUUGGGAGCAAGAGCAGCGAGAAGGUUGAAGCCGGCACUGCCAUGUCAGUACAGUCCUAGGUUGCAUUGCAUAUGAUACGACAUACGAGGUGGCUUGUAGGGUGAGUGGGUGACGAAUUGUUUGCAGCAAAUUGCAGUUGGUUUGUAUGAGGUGUAUGUGCAUGACCAAAUAAAGAACCCGUACCUCACCAGUCA